AAGGGAAAGUAAAGUAGGAAAUUCUGCGCCAUUUAUGUCCCAUGGUUUUUCAGAAUACUAGACUUUCACAUGGACCUGGCUCUGUAGGUUAAAUCAGUGCUCCUGUAAUACAGCGUCGAGUUGGAGUUGGAGUUAUUUUCAAUAUUUUCCAUUUUUUCCUUAGGGCAUAAACGCUGUUCUCCUCAAACUCCACAAGAGCCAUGAUGCCUGAGGGGAAUGAGAUGUGUCAGGGUGGAUUUGAUGGUGAAAUCGUGAAACCGUCAUUUAGCUGUACACACACGCACGCGCACACACACACGCACGCACGCACAGCCUUGUCUCUCAGAUUUGGCGGCAGCGCGAGCGCCUGGGAGAUACCACACACACCACUGAAACGACCUCACGUCCUUCAAACCCCGUCGUUUCUCGGUGAAGCAGUGAUGAUUUGAGUUGAUCGGAAACAGAAACAAGAAACAGCACAUUUCUGUCUCUGGAGGAAAAUGAGAUGAAUUCGGGCGGAUUCUUGGCAUGGGGGAGAUUUUUGAGGAUGCUGCGCGAGCGAGGAGCAAACGGUAACAGUAACGGACACGGGCACGGCUCAGGGAUGUGUGAAGCCAUAAACAAGAAAGCUCUUUCCACGAGGUGAGGUCUUACCACAGCUACAGAAAUGGUGUACGCUUUGCCGAUGGACGCUGCGAAGCCGUCUCUGCACACGACACUCCUGACAUAUCUGAUGCCUAAUAAUUCAGAGAGGGACAAUGUGUCGAGUCUCCCAGUCAGUUCCCCCACACCCGUAUGCAACCUGGACGCGCCGUCCGUCCAACCCAACAGCACCCGGGUGUCCUACGAGCUCAGUCCGGCAGAAGUGACCAUUCUCGGGUUGAUAUUUGGAGUCUUUUGGCUGGUCUCGGUUCUAGGGAAUGCUUUGGUAUGUCUGGUGAUACACCGCAGCCGCAGGACUCAGUCCACCACAAACUAUUUUGUGGUGUCUAUGGCUUGUGCGGAUUUGCUGCUGAGCCUGGGCUGCGCUCCGUUCGUUCUGCUGCAGGUCUCGUCUGGGUACUGGCCCCUGAGUGCGGCGGCCUGCAAGGCGGUGCGUUACCUCCAGCACCUGUGCCCGGGCGUGCAGGUCUACGUGCUCCUUUCCAUCUGUGUGGAUCGCUUCUACACCAUCGUAUAUCCACUGAGCUUCAAAGUGUCUCGGGAAAAAGCCAAACGCAUGAUUCUGGCUUCGUGGCUCUUCGACGCAGCCUUCGUCUCGCCGUGCCUCUUCUUCUACGGAUCUUCUUCGUCAGUCACGCAAAGACACUGCGAGUUUUUCCUUCCGGGAUCUUGGGACGGUCUGGCCUACGCUCUGAUUCACCUCCUGUUCGGGUUCCUGGUUCCAGCACUUCUUAUCUUAUCCUUCUACCAGAGGGUCGUGCGCUACAUCUGGCGGAUUAGCGCCGACGGACGCACGGUGCGCAGGACUAUGAACAUCGUGCCUAGAACAAAAGUGAAAACCAUUAAGAUGUUUCUGAUGCUCAACACUGUGUUCCUCCUCACGUGGAUGCCUUUUUACGUAGCGCAGCUUUGGCAUCCUGACGUAUCCGCCGGCCCCAGCAGGCAGGGGGUGCUGUUCUUUGUUGCGAUCGCAUGGAUGUCGUUCAGCUCCACUGCUUCGAAGCCGACGCUCUACUCAGUGUACAACGCCAAUUUCAGACGAGGGAUGAGAGAGACGUUCUGUAUGUCGUCGAUGAAGUGCUACCGGAGCAACGCGUACACCAUCACCGCCAGCUCACGGAUAGCUAAAAAAAAUUAUGUGGGUGUAGUAGACUUGCCCGUGCCGGCAAAAACCCUGAUCAAAGAUUCUGUUUAUGACACUUUUGACCGAGAAGCAAAGGAGAAAAAACUGGCAUGGCCUAUAAGCGUCAACCCACCUAACACGUUUGUAUAGAACGGCACGGCGUCACGUCCGUCCAAACGUGCUCAAAGGUGCUCAGGCUCACAUUUACUGGAACACACCUAGCAUGGAGGACUGAAGCGCUAGCUCCGUACAGAAAAGCGGGACAUGACGAGGGCAGAAACGUCUGGCUCAUGCUCGUGCUUCUGUGACGAGAAGCACUUUCGUGUCAUUUCUGUCUAUAAGUACGUUAUGUAACGUUCGAUUCUUGUAUGUUGUUUCUCGUGAUCAUAAACGUUGUGAUGCAAAAGGAAAGCGGCAGGCUGUCGAAGGAAAGCGAGAGAACUGUGAGUCUCCCUUAUCUAUAUGUCCGUGUGGUCUAGAUUUGUUUUCCGGGUUUGUGAGAGAGACGUUAUCUACGCUGCAGUCGAGGGCGCUUUCUCACAAUAACUACCGCUGUGAUGAUGCUUUCGUUCGGUUUAUUACCAUAGAGUGUUACUUUCUGUAGGAAACAUGUCCUGUUCCAGCAAAUGUCCAAAACUGUGUUGCAUUAAACAAAGACAAGCAAAGAAUAAUAAUAAUAAUAAUAUAAUAAUAAUAAUAAUAAUAAUAAUAAUAAUAAUAAUAAAGGAAUCAGUUGCACAUCAAUUACAGGCUCAGGGUAUUAAUGAUCACUGUGAUGAUCAGUGUUGGGGCAGAUUUUCGCUUAAAGGGCAACAAACAACAGGGUUCAACAGAUAUGGAUCCGUUUACACAAAUAAAUAAUAAAACGGUUGCAGAAAUGAACCCAAAAUCAAGCAAUUUCUAGGCGGUGUGCAGAUUUUCCGCAGAUUUGAGUCGAGACGUGUCGUGUGACAUCAUCACAACACGCAUCCAGACCAAAUCUCGCUCCCGGUCACGUGUGUGAACGUGACUCCAGCUCUCAUAGAAAGUCGUUACAUACGUGUCUUCACUGCUAGGAGUUUAAAAAGGAAAAUCCCGCGCUUGUGAUUUCGCCAAUUCAACAUUAUUUUGAAAUGGAGGGACUGAUAAAAGCUGUGAACAGCAUCAGCGUCUGACUGAAGACGACGUGACGACGUUUCACAAUAUUAUCUCUGGUGUACUUUGGGGUGCUUUGACAUCACUCUGCUUCACCGUCUGUCUGAGAACAAAACCAAUUGAAAUUGGUUCAUCAAAAGCCAUUAAGCCGAAAGACAGAAAGCCUUUCAGUGUAAAAUCUAUUCACUUGAAAUGACUUCAAACAUCAGUUCACUACUGAAGUCUGCAAAGGUUUCUUAAGCUCAUGAUAUAGUUUCCUCAUGCAUGAUUAAGCGCAUGGACUAGUGCAGGAGGAAAUAGCUGUAUGUCGAGACAUUUUCCAUCUUCCAUUAGAGUACUUCACUUGAAGGCGACUCUGCAUCUGGACCGUCAUGGACACCACAGCUGAUGCUGAACCGGUGAACAGUUUCAUCACCUGAUAACUCUAGGGACCGGGACGUCUCCAUGCUUACAGAAUGAGCUUUGUGGCUAGUGAUAAUUUUCUUCUAUCUUUAUAAAAAAUAGUGAAGAAUCUCAGAAAGCCACAUCACUGUCAUCAUGAGAUAAAGACAUGAAUAAGAAAAGAUCUGUAGCCUCUAGUCCAAAAUAAAAGUUUAAACCCAGUAGAGGAAAGAAAUCAGAAUAUACAUUUACGCUAAGCAAUUGCACAUCUUUAUUAUAUAUAUAUAUAUAUAUAUAUAUAUAUAUAUAUAUAUUUUUUUUUGUUACAUAGACAAAUAGUUUCAGCUUUUGCCAACAGUUCUUUACAUACUUUAUACAUAAAUAUAAAAAUAUCCAUAUAUUUCUGUGCAAAAUAAUGACAUUAAUGGAAAUGGACAGGCAGGAAAAUGGGGAAACACAAACGGGUCACUGUUCCACAGAACGUCACGAUCGAUCCGAUCAGCGCAUUAAUGUUCGAUUUGUUUGUGUUGUUCACAUAAACGAUCGAUUCAAAUGAUUCAUGGUGUACUUUUAAUCAACACAUCUGAUCUACUGUUUCUUUAAAAAACAAACCUCGGGUUUGGUUUUGGAGUUCAUUUAUUAAUUACGAGCUUUCUUUCUGUAUGAUCUGGGUGGAAUAUGUGCAUCUGUAUAAAAUAAAAAACAUCUGUUCAGUUAAUGGACAUGAUUAAGAUCACCAAGUUAUGAAAAAUGAUUCCCCGGGAUCCUAAUGAGAACUUAUUCUGAAAUUCUUACAUACACACUUAUAUUGAAUGCAGACUGUAACAGAGAGAGACAGAGAGAUAGAGAGAGAGAGGAAAUGUAAGUGAAGGUGUUAAUGCAAUACAGACAGAGUAUCUGAUGGUAUACACAUACAUACAGACAGAAGACAGAUCAGAGGCUUUAUAGUAACUAAAAUAUCCACACGUUACGCUUGUGGAGGGACGAAAAGGAAAGUGCGUUACGUUUCAGUAGGAAAUAAAUACGUAAGAAAUGAAAACAUCAUUCCGUAACUUGGCUUCACGAAAUCAACAAGAAUGAAGAAGAGCUUCAACCCAGUGCUAUGCAAAAAUCUUCAAAAAUUCGUUAAAGUGCUUAGAGCGUAAUAGUUCUGGCCACACCUGACGUGUGCGUGUCUCUCGUCUGUCCUGCGACGCUUCACAUCUGUGCCUUCUCUCACCCUGUUCGCUUUCUGACCUGCUUCACAUUUCACCCCUCAAACCUUUUGAAUCUGAGACGGUG